AUCUCAAAGAUGUCGCGCAAGCUGCGUUUCCGUUGUGCGCCGGCGGAAGUGACGGCGUGACGGCAGCCAAGUUCCUUUUAGGUUGGUUUCACGAGAACACGUUGCUGCAGAAGUAAACCACCAUGCAGAUUUUCGUGAAGACCCUCACGGGCAAGACGAUCACCCUCGAGGUGGAAGCGUCGGACACGAUCGAAAAUGUCAAAGCCAAGAUCCAGGAUAAGGAGGGCAUUCCACCGGAUCAGCAGCGACUGAUCUUCGCCGGCAAACAACUGGAGGAUGGACGGACGCUGUCCGAUUAUAACAUUCAGAAAGAAUCCACUCUCCAUCUUGUGUUGCGUUUACGAGGAGGUGUAAUUGAGCCAACUCUACGUAUACUUGCGCAAAAGUACAACUGCGACAAGAUGAUCUGCCGCAAAUGUUACGCGCGUCUUCAUCCUCGCGCAACGAAUUGCCGCAAGAAGAAGUGUGGCCACACGAAUAACAUUCGUCCAAAGAAGAAGCUGAAGUAGACUGUCAGCAUCGAAAUACAUAUUUCUUUACAAAUUUGGGCAACAUGGAAAUAUGUAUUUGGUAUUUCAAUAAAUUAAGCAACUAAGAUA